AUGCAGACUGCUUCUACAAACAUUUGUGAAAGAAUGGGUUGCUUUCAGAAGCUCAGUGCAUUCAAGCGUCGUGCUGUGAUAAGUUGCCACCUGUGCAAUAAGUCCAUCUGUGAAAUUUCCUUGCUACUAAAUAUUCCACUGUCAACUGUUAGUGGUAUUAUAACAAAGUGGAAACAACUGGGAACAACAGCAACUGAUAGGCCACAUAAAAUGACAGAGCGGGGUCAGUGCAUGCUGAAGCACACAGUGCUCAGAAGUCGCCAACUGUCUGCAGAGCCAAUAGCUUAAGACCUACAAACUUCAUGUACUCUUCAAAUUAGUACAACAACAGUGCAUAUAGAGCUUCAUGGAAUGCAUUUCCAUGGCCGAGCAGCUGCAUCCAAGCCUUACAUCACCAAGUGCAAUGCAAAACACUGGAUGCAGUUG